AUGAAACAUCAUACCAAAGAAUAUUAAAUCAGCAAAGAAAAUUUGAAGAUAAUUCGAUAAUCUGAAUUGAUUCAAAAUACUCAGGUUUGGACCAACAAAAAUUUGUUCCUUCGUUAUUGCCAAUCCUAGAACUACUAUUACAUUAGAGACGUAAACGAAAUUCUUGCCGAUGCUUCAUCAAAAGCCGUAAUCCGCUUCAAGGAUUGGCAUGGAUAUGACGAUGAUGUAAGUUUUUCAAUCAUUCUAAGGAUGAAUAUCUCAAAAGGUAUUAUUACACUGAUGAAUAUCCAUAGAAGGUCCAGUUGUUAACUGAAUACUAUAAAGUAAAAUUAACCAUCUAAAAGAGUUUCAUACAGAUAUAGCCAGAUUAUACAUGGAACCGAUUGCGACCUUGCUCAAUAAAUACUACGAUAAGAAACGCAAAUACGAGUACUAUAGGAUCGCUCAUUUGAUCGAAGAGGAAAAUAAAAAAAAUCCAAAUCGACCUCCAAAAGGAAUUGUAGGAGAACGACCCUCUCCUGCUAACUCUCAGGAAACCUAAAAGGAGGAAGAAUCACCUACAACAGCAAAGAGAAUCAGAAACAUUCAAAUAUUGAAAGACCUGAGUUGGUUAAAUAAAUCAAGAUUAUUUAAUAAAUAGAAAAUUGAUAUCUCCUGUACUCUACAAGAUAUAUGCAAACAUCUGGGGAACUAAGCCUUCGAACAAUCCUCACUCUUCAUUUAGACAGGAAAAACAGAGGAGUUGAAACUAAAUAAGUUUCUAGCAUAUGUGAAUCAGUAGGUUAAGAAAACUUACACUAAAAGUGAUUCUCAACAAUUAAAGCCUAAUCAGAAAUUGAGUCAACCCCAGGAAUAGUUAAUUUAAACUUUAAUUCAAAAACAAUAAGAAGAAUCAAAAUCAAGGUUGGGUUCCUAACAUUAAAAAUAAAACACUGAAUUAUUACUUUAGAUGAAUAAACUAUCUAAAGACUUCAAUCUUAAUUUUGUGAGAAAUCAAGUCGAUUCCUUAUUCAAAAAUAUUCAGAGCAAAGAAAAUCCCCAAAGUCUUACAAGAAUCAAUCAGAAUGAAUAGAUUAAAUAAUCUGCCAAUCCAAAAUCCAAAACUAUUAUUUAACACCAACCAAAGAUAUCCACUCAACUUUUUCUUAAAGAACUAAAGAAAAAUGUGCAAUCUAUUCCUUAAUUACUCAGUAAAUAUAAUGCAUCCAAUAUACCAUCACCUACAACUAAUUCUCAGAAUAGGGUCGUAGCUUCCAAUUAGCCCAAUAUAGGUAAUGAAUUUCAUUAAUCUUUUAGGCAAAUUAAAUUUAAAAUAGAUAUCUAAGAUAUUGAUUGAGGAAGACCCUACUGAACAAGAAGUCAAAUGGAAAUAUGGAUCUCAAACACAUAGACCUCAUUCUGGAACUCAAAAUUUCUUUUCCAAUAGAAACAGUCCCACCAUUUCCAGAGCUUAAUAAAAUGAUCUGAAAAUCAAUAAAAUCAAAUAAGCACCCACUCCAACAUCAUAAUAAGCAAAUCUAAAAACAACAAAAUAAUCAGGAUCUUAAACCAAUCGAAAAUCUUCUCAACCUAAUAUUCAUAUUCGAUAUACAUCCAAUUAGGAUAAAGUCAUUAAUAUAAACAUAAACAUUAAUGAUAAUCCAGAACUAUAAAAAUGUAAUUGUUACUAAAUAUUCAUUAGAAUAAUAGUAAAAGCAUAAGAAAAAUUAAUCCGAAGGAAAACCUCUUUAGUUAAAUACUAAUCUGCCUGAUUCUAAAUAGGAAUAUGUCUGCUUAACAGACAGAGGAGGGGCUAGUGAAUUUCUAUUCAAAAAUAGUAUUGCUGCUUCAUGUCAAAACUCACCAAAAACUUAAAAAAUAAAACGAGUCAGCAGUGGAACAACAACGCUGAAAUGUUCAAUGAGUACUAAAAACUCCCUAAUCCAAUAAAUGAUAUCUUAAGUGAGUAAAUAAUAGUAAAAAUAAGAGGUUCUUUCAUCUUAAUUUAGAAAACCUAAUUGA